AUGGAUUUUCUUUCAAAUGUAGUUGGUCAAAUUAGUAAAUAUUUGAAAAAUCGUGAUGAUGACAGUAUUGAUCGAUUGAAUCGUUUAUAUACAGUUGUACUUCUAACAUCAUUUGCUGCUUUAACUAUGAGCGAUCAUUAUGUUGGAAAUAAAAUUAAUUGUUGGAUACCGGCAGAUUUAAGUGAUUCUCAAGCAAACUAUGCUCAUGAUAUUUGUUGGAUUGAUGAUAAAUCAAUCUACUAUCUAUCGGAUAAUGACAGUCUUCUGUUAGAUCCAACACAUUCACGUGCUUAUAAAAUCACUUAUUAUCCAUGGAUACCAUUACUCUUUAUAUUUAUGGCAUUUUGCUUCAUUUUUCCAUAUUUAAUAUGGCAAACAUUAUCGCAUCGAACAGGUACAUAG